UCAUCAUGGCUGCCUUCCGCGAUAUUGAGGAGGUGAGCCAGGGACUGCUGAGCUUGCUGUGCGCUAACCGCGCCGAGGCGCAGCAGCGGCGGCUGCUGGGGCGCCAGGAGCAGAUGCUGGAGCGGCUGCUGGAGACGCAAGACGGCGCCGAGCAGCGGCUGCGAGAGACCCUCGCUGCAGAGGAAGAGGUGGCCCAGAGCCUCCUUGACUCAAAGGAGCGCGUGUGCCAGGGGAGCGCGGAGCUACAGCGGCUGGAAGCCGAGCUCGGGAAGGUGACCGAGGACGACGCUCGCCUGCAGGCCAGCCUCCUUCAGCUCACCAGAGAGCUGAAGGAGCUCAGGGAGCUGGAGGCCGAUCUGGAAAGACAGGAGAGAGAGGUUGACGAGGACACGACGGUCACCAUCCCUUCUGCUGUGUAUGUGGCUCAGCUUUAUCACCGAAUUAGUAAGAUCGAGUGGGAUUACGAGAGCGAGCCAGGAAUGAUCAAAGGCAUCCAUCAUGGCCCCAGUGUGGCUCAGCCCAUCCACCUGGACAGCACCCAGCUCUCCAAGAAAUUCAUCAGCGACUACCUCUGGAGCCUGGUGGACACCAAGUGGUAGCUCGGAGCCUCAUGACCUGCUGCAUUGGCUGUGGAGGGUGGUGGUAGUUUAAAAUUAAAUGUU